AACAGCCUCGACACUUGCCAUGCUGCAAGCAAAAGGCAGUCCCAGACGCUGUCGAGCAGCGUCGUAACUCCAUUUGUGGCACAUCGAUCAGGGCCGGCCGCGGCGCCAUCGCUGCGUGACCGUAGCGGCGGGAGCAAGGCAGCGAGAGUGCAGCGCUGAGACACGAUGUCCAAGCUCGCCUUCGACUACAGCAAGUGGGACAACCUGGACACGGACGACAGCGACGCCGAAGAGCCGAAAGCACCGAUCCAGGAGGACGACGCCCAGCAAAAGGGCUGGCGGCCGCACGCCGACCCGAUCCUCCAAGUGAAAGAUCUGUCGAAAUUUGUGAUAUCCUACGAACUCGAGGCCGUCUUCGAUGCGCAGGCUUUUGAUAAAGGCACUCCACGCGCCAAAAGAGCAUUACGGGCCGUCCUCAAGGGCAACCUCGCGCGCCUCGACAGUACGUUAGCGUGGGACCACGAUCGGGCCGAGGACGCCUUUUUGAGGGACAUCAAGCCGAACGUUUCCACAACAGAGUGCUGCUACAUCUUGUUCCGGACGAAGACGUGGGCUUUAUUUGUCUGGGCCCCUAGCAAUCACGUCGACGCGGACGCGUAUACCUCAAAGGCGCUGCAGUUGAGGGAGGCGCUGGGCGGGUCCAUACGGAUCCCGAACGUCUUUUCCUGGUUCAAGCACGAGGACGUCGUGUUAGAUAAGAGCGUCACGGACGCGCCGGCCUUAUCUUUAUCAAUAGAACAGGCCGGCGGCGUCGAGGGCGUCGUGCCUCCGGCGGAGCGGUCCAAGGGCGCGGCCGUGCCGAAAAACGUGCCGGACCCGCCGGCGCCGCGGUCGGCGCUCUGAGUUAAGUUGUUGUGCCUAGCG